AUGACUUUCCACAGGGAAUUCUACAACAACGAACACUACUCACCCUUCUGCCAGGAAGACCUGCACGGUUUCUGGGACCUGAAUGACCACCGAUUCAGGCACCCAUACGGCCACCACUGGGGCCACCACCAUGAUUACAACCAACAUUGGAGCCCUUAUGGCUACAACAGAGGUUUUGGGAGCCUGUAUGGGAACAGGAGCUUGAGUGCUCAUGGGGGUUAUUACGGGCAUGGGGACUUCUUUGGUUUUGGGCACCGCCACCCCUUCUUUUCUCAUCAUGGCCACAGAUACUGGUAUUGAAGCUGCUAUCCAUGCUAAACCAGCAAAAAGGCAGUCGAGAAAUGAGACAGAUCCUUUGCUAAGUUCAUGGUGCUGAGAAACGCUGGGCACCCACACCUCUGGCUGUGUUCAGUGAGACGUGGGUGCCAGGCUGCAUUAACACUACCCUAUAUGUAACUCUCUAAUAUUUCUAUCACUCUAAAGGGCAAUUUGAAUUAGAGCAAGUAUUGAGACAACCUUACACCUUGCUGAAUGUCUUGCUUUACUCCACUAGGUGGGUUAGAAAAUUUCCUUUUAAAUUAAUUUACAGCCGCUUUGUGUUGCUAUAGUGAUAUAUAUGGUUCUAUGUCAAUGAGAAUCAGACUUUAACUGCUAUGAAGAAGUCCACUUUGCUCAACUACGAACUUCUCCAAAGACAACAUGGAAAGAAGCUCCUGUUACGCUGUGCCUCAUACGGUAGUGGUCAGAAUUUAUGAGCAACUCUGAGCAAGAAACAUGCCUGGACUGACAAAUUCCACAAAGAGAAAUCAUCAUCUGGCAUCAG